AUGACGUUCAGACCUGGGACGGGGAUCACCAGCAUGCACCGACCAGCCUCGCUCGUUUCUGCGUGCCGAAUCGCGAUACGCUACCUCCCGUUGGAGCGCAUUGUACAGCCGCACGGUGUUUUUCGCGCAGGCUGCAGCCAUCCGACCCACCGCAGCGGAGGUGGAUUCACAUGGGGUCAUGCGCCGCUUCAGCCGUUGCCAACGACCAUGUUCUCGCGACGCACGCCCACUCGACCUUUGAUCCGUCGACCGCCUCGCGACUGGCCGCACCAACACGUACUACGCACCGCUCAUGGAGACGACACCUACGCCCGCCCUAGCAUCUCUGCCGCCGCAUCCGCCACGUCUACCUCACGCUUAGUCGACUUGAAGCGAAUACGUGUUGCUGUGCCCGCGGUGAUCGCAUUGUCCAUCAUGCCUCCAAGCAAAGCUGACCCAGGCGCACCGCAUCCUGUUCUGCGUGCCUGUUCUCUACAGAUGCCGCCCAAGAAAGCUGCCAUCGCCGCCGCGGCGUCCAAGUCUGCCAAGAAGAAGAAGUGGUCCAAGGGCAAGGUCAAGGACAAGGCCCAGAACAUGGUUGUUCUCGACCGUCCUACGUACGACCGCAUCCUGAAGGAGGUGCCUACGUUCAAGAUGAUCUCGCAGUCGACGCUGAUUGACCGCAUGAAGAUCAGCGGCUCGCUGGCGCGCGUUGCCAUCCGCCACCUGGAGCGCGAGGGCCAGAUCAAGCGUCUGGUGCACCACCACGGCCAGCUCGUUUACACCCGUGCCUCGGCCGAGUAA